AUGGCUCGAUACGAUGCUCACAACCAUGCGCAAUUGGCUAUAUUUGGCCCCUUUUUUGCUACUAUGCUAUUGACGGUGGUCGUUUGGGUGUACAUGUACAUUCGGCGAACUCAUUUUAUACUAACAACGAAAAUAAAUCCACAGUCACUCGUAGGUUUUGGUGAAUUGCAACGCAUUUCACCACCUGCCGUCAAUAAUCCAUCGGAUAAUUUGAAGAAUUUAUUCGAAAUUCCCGUUUUAUUCUACGCACUGACAUUAUAUUUAUUCGUCACCGGCCAAGUCGAUCAAACAUACGUUAUUGCCGCAUGGAUUUUUACCGUCUUUCGAGUUUUACACAGCAUCAUGCAAUGUUCCAUGAACAUCAUCAUCAUUCGAUUCUAUCUCUACUUAUUCUCAUGUAUUCCACUAUUCUUCAUGUUAUUCCGUGCUAUGUUAACGUAUUAUUUUUCAUCAUAA